AAAAUUUGACAGUUCAAGAAGCUACAAUAAAGCGUUGUCAAGGUCGAAAUCAAUCAAUGGUGUUUGGAGAUACUAGUUUAUGUUUAUGUUUAAAAUAAAUAAUUGAUUGAUUGCUUAUAGUAACGAGUGCAUUUGAUACCUAUAAAUAAUUAUAACCAAGCUUUUGAGGUAUUACCUACUUUCUCCAGUAUUAGAAGAAAAUCUUGAACAAUGACAACAGUUACUUCCAAACGUAUAUCUUCGGGAGCUCCCGGAGCAAGAAAAAAAAAUUCUGCUCCCAUUGAAUUAUCUGAUGAACAAAAAGCUGAUUUAAGACAAGCUUUUGAUUUGUUUGACAAUGAACGAACCGGAACUAUUGAAAUUAAAGAUUUAAAAGUUGCUAUUCGUGCUUUAGGGUUUGAACCUAAAAAAGAGGAAAUUAAAAAAAUGGUCACAGAAAUUAAUCAAGAUGGUAGUGGCAAAAUAGACUUUGACACUUUUCAGAACCUCAUACCAAAAAUGUUAGACAAGGAUAUACGAGAAGAAAUAAUGAAAGCUUUUAGACUUUUUGAUGAUGAAGACACAGGCAAAAUAAGUUUUAAAAACUUGAAACGAGUGUCACAAGAGCUUGGUGAAACACUGACGGAUGAAGAGCUCCAAGAAAUGAUCGAUGAAGCUGAUUUAGAUGGUGAUGGACUUAUAAAUCAAGAAGAAUUUUUAAGAAUCAUGAAAAAAACUAGUUUAUAUUAAGCAUUUGCAUUAGAGUAUAAACACAUAGUUAUAGUAAUAAAACAGUUCAAGCUGUAAUUUUAUUGUAAUUCUUAUGUAUAUUACACAUAACUUUUAUAUUUCUUAUAAAUAAUAUAGUGCAUUUAUAAUGAAUUAAGAAUCUAGU